AUGACACUUACGCAAGCCGCGCAUGCCGGCGGUGCGACCAACUCGCGCCGAGGGGUGUCACAGCGGACAUCCACAACUGCCGCUUUCUCGCCUUCUGCCACUAUGCGACCUUCCAUUGCACAUCCGACAGCGGUUGAUGCGGCAGCGAAGCGGCGAGCACAUCCUAGACUGCGCGCAAAGUGGAUGGAAGCAGCUGCGGCUCCUCAGUUGCGCGGUCGUCGCGCGGCCGCAUGGCUCAGCGUGUGGGACAGCGCUUGUGCUGCACAGCGCGUGCGCAUGCUGGAGGCGCUGAAGGCGCUGCACAGCGCGAGCAACAGCAACGCGUUGGAGGAGGACCUUGGCGACGCCGCACCCUUGCUGCUUACCCGCAUCACGUCCUGGUGGAAGCUGCGCUACGGCGCGUGGGUGUCCGACGCUGUGACCUUGGCGGCCGCCGCGUCUAUGAAAGCUGCUGGUGCCGCUGCCGCCAGUGCAACGCAAAAGGCCGCCACGAAAAACGGGGCUGCUCCUGUUUCCCAUCCGUCCACGACGGCGCCAGACUCCAGGACAAACGCUUCCGCUGACGGAUCAUCCCUGGCAGGGACGUCUGCCUCAGCGGCGCCCUCGUCGGAGCUGCUGGCGCAGGUUGAGGCGAUCACGAUCUUUCUGCGCGGCUCUCGUUUUCUCAUCCAGUUUGUGGAAGGCGGCGGGGCCGCGAUUCUCACCCACUGCCUGGAGACAACGGCGAACUCACCGCCGCCGUUGUCGGCGUUGCCGGCAGCUAGUGGUGCUGCUGCUGCCACUGCCAGCUCCCCGGCGCCAGCUCUGCUCACGCAGGAGCGGCGGGCCAUAACUCUGCUGCUCUUGCACGUCGUGAACGCAGGUCGCGUGUAUCGCGAGAUGGUGGGUGACAAGGAGGGCCUGCUGCAUGUGUUGAAUACUCUGCAGCGCGAAACAGAUGCGCUGGUCGCCGGACCGCUGACGGAGCUGCUGGCCGUGCUUGGUCAAGGUCAUCCACGCCUGGCGAGCGGAAUUCAGACGGGGCUUCUGCGUGUGCUAGCAGACGCGGUGAAACCGGCGCAAGAGUUGAAGGCCACCGAUGCGAUGAACUUGGCGGAGUCGCGGCGCGUGUGUGAAGUAGUGGUGCUGCAUACCGCUCGCGCCAUCCGCGCCCUGCAGCUGCAGAGGGAGCAGCACCAUUACGCUCAGUUUUACCUCGGCGACUGCGCAGAGGCGGUUCUGGAGGCCGGCGUGGACGACGUGCCCAUCGUUGGUAUGGAUGAUGCAGUGAAUACGUGCAGCUUUUCGGGGAUACCAGCCGGUGAACCGUCCGGCAGGACCUCCGCAUGCGACCCUCUCCUGCGUCCCCUCAGUCGCAGCGAGUACCUCGAUACACUCUUCCAGCUCGCCCUCGCCGAUCAGGACAUGGCGCUCCAAGUCGAGGGGUGCGAGCUGUUGAGCCUGGCCGCGAAAAACCUGCGCUUCACGCAGGACAUCUUGACACGCUGUCUCGACGCGGUUGAAGACGAUGAGUACGCCAUCCACUGCGAUGAGGAGGACGCCAACGCCCAGAAGGAGCGUCUGCGGCGUCAGCGCCGGCAGCUCUCGUGCGGUCGCACGGCAGCGCUGCUUCUCAUCUCGCGCCCCAUGACAAGCCAGAGACGCCAGCUGCUGCUGCGUCUUGUGUCGCAGCGUGGUGGACACUUGAGCUUUCUCAAGCACCUGCGCUUGACGGUGCAUGGCGACACUUCCUCCGUGGUCGACUGCUGCCACGCACUGCAGUUCAUUGUGCGCGCGGCUGCGGAGAAGCAGCGCCAGCAUAUGGAUUUCAGCUGUGCGUUGAGAUUGCCGGCAGUCAGUGGUGGCGGCGGCGACUGCACCGCCUCUGGCGCGUUGUGGCUGCGGGUAACGGAGGCAGUUCAGGCGGCGCUCGGCGAAUCGAUGUUUCGACUGCUCCUCUUCCAGAAGUUGUCGGAGUCGGACUGUAUGGCGCUCUUGCGGGCUGCACGUGCCGCGGUGGUGCCUCUCGGCGGCGCUGAGGCCUGUUGA